GGACGCAGGGAGCCCGGGCGUACCGCAUUUUGCUGCCCUUCUCCGCAGGGGCGCCGCGGCUGCAGCCCGCGCUUCUCCCCACCUGCAGCCGCUCCUCCUGCCGCUGCCGGGCGGAUAAAACGCACGUCCUUGCCCUUCCUCGGCCUCUUCGGGUCCUGCUGUCCCCAGGCUCCUCUGCCUUGCCUCCCUUUUCCCUCGUCCACCCCUCCCGCUCUUCCCCUCCCCCGACUCUCGGGCCUCCCAUUCAUUCCGUCCGCUCCCUCCCUCCCCUUUCCUCCUUCCCGCUCCCGCCCUCCCCCAGAGCCUCCCCGCGCGGACCCCGUUGCAGUCUCGCUAUUCUUAGCACAUUCGUGGAAGUUUAAGGCCUGGAUGGUGCCCCCAAAUCCGGCCUGAGAACGCAGCCCGAGCUGCUGGACGGGGACAGGAAGAUGUCUGUGCUCAAGCGGAUGAUGCGGGUCUCCAAUCGCUCCCUCCUUGCCUUCAUCUUCUUCUUCUCCCUCUCCUCGUCCUGCCUCUACUUCGUCUAUGUGGCCCCGGGCAUAGCCAACACUUAUCUGUUCAUGGUACAAGCUCGAGGAAUAAUGUUGAGAGAAAAUGUGAAAACCAUAGGACAGAUGAUCAGGCUGUACACAAACAAGAACACCACACUCAACGGUACAGAUUAUCCUGAAGGCAAUAAUUCAAGUGAUUAUCUUGUUCAAACAACAACAUAUCUUCCGGAAAACUUCACAUAUUCACCAUAUCUCCCCUGCCCAGAAAAACUGCCUUAUAUGCGGGGAUUCCUCAAUGUCAAUGUAAGUGAAAUCAGUUUUGAUGAAAUUCAUCAACUCUUCUCCAAGGAUUUAGAUAUUGAGCCAGGAGGUCACUGGAGGCCUAAAGACUGUAAACCCAGAUGGAAGGUGGCAGUUCUCAUUCCUUUCCGGAAUCGCCAUGAACAUCUCCCAAUUUUUUUCUUGCAUCUGAUUCCCAUGCUCCAGAAGCAGAGGCUGGAAUUUGCCUUUUAUGUCAUUGAACAGACGGGCACACAGCCUUUCAACCGUGCAAUGCUCUUCAACGUGGGCUUCAAAGAGGCCAUGAAAGACAGCGUGUGGGACUGCGUAAUCUUCCACGAUGUGGAUCAUCUCCCCGAAAACGACCGGAACUAUUACGGUUGUGGAGAAAUGCCGCGUCAUUUUGCAGCCAAGCUGGAUAAAUACAUGUACAUUCUUCCGUAUAAGGAGUUUUUUGGUGGUGUGAGUGGACUGACGGUGGAACAAUUUAAGAAGAUCAACGGUUUUCCUAAUGCCUUCUGGGGCUGGGGAGGAGAGGACGACGACCUUUGGAAUAGAGUUCACUAUGCUGGAUAUAAUGUAACAAGACCAGAGGGAGACUUGGGGAAGUACAAAUCUAUUCCUCAUCACCAUCGAGGUGAAGUCCAGUUUUUAGGACGGUAUAAAUUACUAAGGUAUUCAAAAGAACGCCAGUACAUCGAUGGGUUGAACAAUUUAAUAUAUACGCCAAAAAUACUGGUCGAUAGGUUGUAUACAAACAUAUCUGUAAACCUUAUGCCAGAGUUAGCUCCAAUUGAAGACUAUUAGAAGAAGUAGCUGCCAUGGCGAAGCUGGACCGCACUGCUGGAUCCCAGACUCGGAGUGCUCUCUAAGCGGAGGUCGGUGUGGACGUGUCCCGGUGCCCUGAUCGGGGAGGAGAGCCAGCAGUCCUUCGUGUUUACAGUGUGAGAUCGUAUGCCGUCACCCAUCCUGGACGCUGAGACACUCGGAGACUCAAUGCCGUUGCUGAAGUCUGGAAGUUUAGAGAGCCUCCCUACAAAGAGAACAUUUUUAUACUAAAAUAUAUAAUUUAACUCAAGAGAAUGCUUUAUUUCUGUUUAAACAUGUUUUGUAUAUACGUGAUGUAAAUUCAUGUGUUCAAAUUGUUGAAAAAGAUGUGUUGCAGUUUUGCAUGUAAUUGGUUAUGCCUUUAUUGGACUUUUAUAGACCUUUUUAUUUGCAUGGAAAAAAACAAUGCAAAUUUAUGUCCCUAAACAAAGGUUAACCCUUGUGUGAAAUGAAGGAACUGUCAAUAAUUGACAGCCAACUAAUACAGUAAACUGUUAACAUUAGUUUUGAGCUUUAGACCUUCAACCUCUUGUGUGGAAGUCACAGCUUUCUUCGGGUUCUAAAGGGUAAGAAGAAAGGAGUUAAACAGCUCUUCUUCCUACCAAGAUGACCUGUUUUUUUCCUUGCUUGCAAUCUCAUCAGAUUUUACUAAAUCACAGCCAUAUUGUUUAUGCACAUUGCAUGAGUAUUACCAAGAAAAUCUUAAACGUUGUGAUGUAACAUGAUAUAAAGGACCUCUUUAUGUUCACUGUCUUUCAUGUAUCUUUGGUGUAAUUGUCAGGGAUUUUGUGCCUCAAAAAAAUGUUCUGAAGGUUG